AUGGCAAAUUUUUUAGAAAAAAUAUCAGGGUUUCGAUCACUAUAUGACAAUAAAGAAAUUGUGGUUGAGUUUGAGAGAGGAAAUCCUGUGUGACUGGUCUGUUUUGAUGUGGAUUCUUUAGGAUCUGUGCAAGAAUUUUUGGGAGCUGUUGAAUAUUUUCAGUAUCAGUGCAGGAUUGUGGGGAUUGCUUUUAAAAAUGAGGAGAAAAUCAAAGAACUUAUUGAAGAAGGAGAGAUAUCGAUAGACGUUGUGCGUUUGGAGAAUAAUGAUAAAAAAAUCUUUAUGGAAGAGCUAAAAAUUGAAAGAAUUCCAUGAUUUAUUGGAUUUGAUGAAACAGAUAUCAUAUACAGCAUGGAAACUGUUCCUGGCUCUUUUCCAGUUAUUGAGUCACAAAGCCCUCAGCUGCCAUCAGAAUCUCAAUUUAUUCCUGAAAUACCAUUAAUUAGAGAUUCAGCCCAGAGUUUAAAUAAAUCGUGAAUCAGCCAGUCGCCAAAACAUGAAAAACAGCCGAAUAUUGAGGAAUUUAAAGAAAAGAUUUUUACAUUAGAAAGAAUAAACGAAGAUUAUAAGAUGGAAAUCGCUUCAUUGAAAGCUAAACUUCAAGCAAAAGAUGAUAAAAUAAAUCAAUUGCAAGUUAUGCUAGAAAGCAUUCCAACUUAUGGCACGAAUAAAACCAAGAUCCAAAAAAUUAAAAAAAUAAAUGAAAUAACUAGCUUUCCUCAAGAAGACAUAGAUUUUUGAAAAUCAACUGACGAAAUUGAUAAUCACAAUGGCGCUGUUAAGUUUGAAGAAAUAGCAGCUACAAAAGAUUUAUGAAUUAUGAAUAUCGAUAGAUCUUCAAAUGUAAAAUCAUCACAGCCCUCUAUUAAAAAUUCUACCCCAUCUUCACCUCUUCAAAAACCUAGACCAACAGCAUCUAGAGAUGCUGCAUUAAAAAACUUAAAAUAUGCCCAAGAAAAAUUUAUCAAAAAACAAUCUGAAAAAAAUCCCAUUGGGAGAGAUGGUAAAAGACUUCCCAUAAUAAUAAAUCGCAGUUCUAGUCUUAAAAGAACAAUGACAAGAAGAACGAAUGAAAAUGAAAACAUUAGAAGAUCUUAUGAAAAUAAUUUUUAA